AUGGAAAUAGGAGAAGAAAGAUCCCUGGAAGAAACUGCAACAUGGGCUGUAUCAGUUUUUUGCUUCUUCCUUCUUCUAAUAUCUUUGAUCAUUGAGGGUAGUCUCCACAAGUUGUCUGAGAUUUUAAGGAAAAGGAAAGGAAAAUCACUAGGGAGGGCAUUGACUAAAACCAAAACAGAAAUGAUGAAAUUCGGUUUCAUGUCCUUUCUUCUCACCAUCAUGUCGGAAGUGCCAAUAUCGAAAAUAUGCAUCAACAAGGAUGUGGCAACAUAUUUUCUGCCAUGCAAAGAUGCUGCAGAAUUAACAGGGUUUUCAGCUACUCAUACAUCAACCUCACAAUUUGACGUAGCACCUGCAACAAACGAAUCUGAAGUUGAGGUCAACUAUUGUGAAGCAAAGGGUAUGGUUAGUUUAAUUUCAAGUGAUGGAAUCCUGCAACUGAAUAUAUUCAUCUCCUUUCUGGCUGUGUUUCACAUCUUGUUCUGUACAUUGACAAUGUGCCUCGGGAAGGCAAAGAUGAGAAGAUGGAAAAGAUGGGAGGAGGAGACUCGAACACUGGAAUAUCAGAUAGCUAAUGACCCAAGAAGGUUCCAAUAUACAGGUCAAACAAUGAUUGGAAAACGUCAUUUGAAUUUCUGGAGUUAUCAUUCUCCCUUGCUUUGGAUGGUUUGCUUUGUUCGGCAGUUUUAUGUCUCAGUCUCAAAAGAUGAUUACUAUACUCUACGAAAUGGGUUCAUUGCAGCUAAUAUUUCUUUAGGCAGCAAUUUCAACUUCAAGAAAUUUCUUUCCCGCACUUAUGAUGAAGAUUUCGAGAAGGUUAUGGGAAUCAGGAUUUGGAUCUGGAUUUUCUCCAUACUUUUCAUCUUUUUUAGUGCACAUGAGUUCUAUAAUUACUACUGGCUUCCAUUUAUUCCACUUAUGGUUGCUUUACUAGCUGGGACAAAACUCCAAGUCAUAAUAACAAAGAUGUGUGUAGAUAGUUGCAAGGCAAACCCAGUGAUCAAAGGAAGUCUACUAGUAACACCCAGUGAUGCCCAUUUCUGGUUUCAUAGACCUGAAUGGCUUCUGCAUUUACUCAAGUUCAUCCUUAUCCAGAACUCCUUUCAACUUGCAUUCUUCACCUGGACUUGGUAUGAAUUUGGUCCAAGGUCUUGCUUCAAUAGAGAAAAUGAGGACAUUGGCAUAAGGAUUGGAAUGGGUAUAGCUGUGCAGCUUCUUUGUGGUUAUGUCACCCUUCCCCUUUUUGCACUUGUUACUCAGAUGGGUUCUAGCAUGAGGAGAGAAAUUUUCACCGAGAGUGUUUCUAUGGGCCUCAAAAAUUGGCACAAAAGGGCUAAACAAUCUCUGCAGAACAACUCAACUUCAAGAAAACACUCAGACUCUUUGCAUUCCAAAGGAGGUGACAAUUCAGCAAGAGGAACAAUGCAUAGUUUGAACAACCCAGAUAUUGUAGUGCUCACAAACAACCCUUCUCCCUCUAAUGAGGGAGAAAGCAUUGCUCCCACCAAUAAUGAGCAAGAUGUAUCAAGUCCUUCGACUUCAGAAAUCACAGCUACUGAGGAAGAGAAUUCCAAGAUCAUCACCAGAGGAACCUAUGACGGUGAGAUCUCAUUUGGUAGCAGCUGGAAGAAUGUAGGAAGUAGCAGAGGCAUUGGAGAAAUUGUCUCAAUAACUGAAGAAGAUGACGUUGAAAAAUUACCUGAAUUUAUCCAUAGAUAAUACAUAUGUAACAUGCAACAUUUAUGAGCAUCACUAAGAAACUUUAGUCCCUUAAGGGUAUACCGUUUUGUUUUGCGCAUAUGUCCUUUAAACGAUACUUGUUGCAAGACAUGUUUCACUUGAUAGAUUUUUGAACAAAAUUGCUUUGGAAGAUUCACUUAGAUAC